CUAUAUAAAUUGCAUGUUACACCGCCCUAUUCCACCAUUGACAGGGAUGACAUCGAAACCCCUUUCAGCAGAGGGUCGUCUUUGGACUAAUCAACAUCAACGCUGAACGAGGUACCCAAGGGUCUCCAUCUUUCCCCUCAGAUUAAAAACUGGGCCCAACCAAUGGCCUCUCUCCAACCUCAACCCCAAGAAACCAAACCCACCGCCACCACCGCCACGCCCUCCACUCCCAGCCAAACAUCUAACACCUCCAAUGACACCAAAACCGCUCGUAAAUGCAAAGGCAAAGGUGGCCCCGACAACAACAAAUUUAGGUACCGCGGCGUCAGACAACGAAGCUGGGGCAAAUGGGUCGCCGAGAUCCGCGAGCCACGUAAGCGCACGCGCAAGUGGCUCGGCACCUUCUCCACCGCAGAAGACGCCGCCAGAGCCUACGACCGCGCCGCCCUCAUCCUCUACGGUUCCCGUGCCCAGCUUAAUCUCCAACCCUCCGGUUCCUUUUCCCACUCCCCCUCCUCCUCCUCCUCUCGUACCACCUCUUCCUCUUCCACUCAAACCCUAAGACCCUUGCUUCCUCGCCCCUCCGGCUUCGCUUUCAAUUUCCCCUUCCACGCCGCCGCCCUGCCCUACCCUUGCGCCGCCGCGUAUACCACCACCUUCAAUUACACCGCGCAGGCUUUGCGCCCUAAUGAGAAUAGUAAUAAUACAGUGCAUGCCCAUCAUCGUCAUCAUCAAGUGGUGCAAAUGCCGCAUGCUCUAUCAACAUCAUAUCAAAAUUCGGAAUCCGAUGUGAGUUUAGGUGGGAAUAACACCACUGUCGAUAGCUCUAGUAGAUCAACCUCGUACCAAAAACAUGGUUUCCAGGAUAAUAACCGUUUGCAUGUGCAACCCGACGAUUCGCCGAAUCAUCGGCAACAUCAGAACGGGGAUGUCGAUGUCGACGGAGUGAAUUCCGUUGUGGGUUCGGAAGAAGCGAAUAUGGAGGCUUCUGAGGAUCCGGAUCUGUCGUUGGUGGGGACGGUGGGGCUUGGAUCUUCUUCGUCUUUGUGGCCUUUGGCGAAUGAUGAUGAUUACAGUGGUAGUUUGUGGGAUUAUAAUGAUCCUAUCUUCUUUGAUCUUUAGAGAAAAUUUUUAGUUGCAAUUGCUUCAUUAGAUGUGGGAUCACACAUAGAUUGAAACUAUUGUUUGUGAAUAAAGUGUUGGAGACACGAUGCUGACGCUGACGCUCAAAGUUUAUUGCUUGUUAGUAUUAGUAUUAAUGAUUAACUGUGGAUACUGAGAGGGUGGUAGAAAUAAAUUAGUUUUCCCAGUUUAGAUUUA